AUGGUCACAAUUCACCGCCUCGUUACCGCUGUAGCAGCAUCUGCUGCCAUUGGCGUUGGACUAGCUCAUCCUGGCCACACUUACCAGGAACUCUCCCGUGAAGCCGAGUUGCUCAAGACGGCGCACGAAAAUGCCCGGAGAGCACUAGUAAAGUACUCUGAUGAGCCUCAUGUUAUUGCUCUCAAGGCUCGUGCGGUCGAACGUCGCGCAGCCACUGCUCAGAGACUCCGGGCUCAGCGUUCUCUCACCAAGAAAAACAUGUUCAAGAGAGACGAGGCAGAUAUUUUGCGCUAUCUCAAUAUUUCUCACGAUGUGACCGACAAAGGUUACACGCUCGACACUCCUCAUGAAGUCCUCUUCGGUACAGACCAACUUGCGGCCCUCGCACCUGAAAGUGAUAUUGGGCCUUACUUUGCCUCGGGCGAGUUCAUUCGUCAAGACGUCACCGAGGACCAGGCUGGCAUUCCCGUGCAUUUGGAUAUGCAAUUUGUUGACAUCAACACGUUCGAGCCAAUGACUGAUUUGCUUGUGGACAUCUGGCACUGCAACGCCACUGGUGUCUACUCUGGCGUCAGCGCCUCGGGCCAGGCGGGUCUUAACACAACCUGGCUCCGUGGUGUGGGAGGCAGCGAUGACGAGGGCGUCGUGGAGUUUGACACCAUCUUUCCCGGUCAUUAUGCUGGGCGCGCCACGCAUAUUCACAUCAUCGCGACUGAAAACUCGACCAUUCUGCCAAACAACACAUACAUUGCAGGUACUACCAGACACAUCGGGCAGCUGUUUUUCAACGAUGAGAUUGUCAAUGUCGUCGAAGCAGUAGAACCCUACACUUCCAACACGCAAUCACACCUCGCGACUGCCAACGAUACGAUUGCGUACAGCUCUGCUUCUGCAGACUACGAUCCCUUUGUAGACUAUGUUCUGCUCGGCGACAGUCUGUCGGAUGGUAUUUUGAUGUUCAUCACUGUUGGCAUCAAUGGCACCGCCGACUGGAGCUCCACUUAUAGGCCGGCCGCUCACUACGGCGAGGAUGGUGGCGCCGACACGACCUUUACCUACACCCCGCCCGGUGGCUUUCCUACUAUUUCUACCGCCACCGCUAUUGCCACUGCCUGA